AUGUGUAGCUGUUACAACCCUCAUGAACCUUUGUGUCUGCGAUUGACUUGUGAUGGACAUAUCUCCCAGCAUCUUCACGCAGCCACGGGCAUAUAUCGAUGGGUAAAGGUCGACGACGAAGGCCAGUCGUCUGCGGGAAAAGCCACCGCCGAUCAUCGCGUGCUCACAUCUGUCUCGCGCGCCUCUGCUCCCAGCUCCCGCCCCACGCGCCACGCCGCCGGCAGCGGCGGCGAUAGAGACGCCAUGGAAGGCGGCGCAGCUGUGCAGUCCGCCAGUGGGACGAGCGGGGGGGGCGGCGGUAGGGGGGUGAGAGGAACGGGCAGCGGGGUGGUGGCGGAUGAUGGGGGCGAGUCGGUGAACCUGCGGGAAGGCGGGGGGGCGGCUGGGGUGGUGGGAUCGGCGCCGAUAUCGCGGCGUCGGAUGCGGCUGAGGCAAGGGGAGGCGAUGCGGCGGCGAGGCAGCGACACGUGGGGGUGGGUGCUGAGCGGACUGGCGGCCUGGUGCCCGGGCCACUCGCGCCCGGGAGCACGCCGAGGCGCGUUCGGCCGCAGCAGCGCUGGUGCUGGCAGCAACAGACUGCAGGGCAGUCGGCGACAGGCGAAGAGCGCGCAAGGGUUACCGUUGUCGCUGAGGCUGUUCCUGGCGACGGCGGCGGCGCUGGCCGUGGUGGCGGGCAGCGCGCGCCUCAUGCAGGGCGACGACGCCCUCCCCGCGCGCCCGCUCCUCCACCUCCUGCCCGACGUGCGCGCCCGCACACACGCGGCGUCCGCCUCGCCCGUAUCGGGGGGGCACGGGGGCAGCCACAACGACUCCCAUGUUGGCGGUGGAGGGGUGGCGGGAGCGGGGACAGGGGUGGAGGGGGAAGGGGCGGGUGGUGGAAUUGUGGGACAAGAGGGAGAGGGCAGCAAUGGGCCAGAUGGGGAAGGGCGUUGGGAUGUGGGUGCAGCGGGCGGUAGUGGAGAUGGCGGGACGAGCAUGGGUGGAGACGCGGGGUGGGAGGAGGACGAGGAGGAGAGCAGCGAGGAGGGCGAGGGGGCGCGCAGGGAAGGUGGCGCUUCAGGUGAGUCCGGUGGUGGCAGGGGCGCGCGUGAUGCGGCAGAGGGGCUAGGGAGGGAGGGUGAGAGCGAGGGGGCGGAGGAGGACGUGAGUGAAGGGGAGGGUGCAGCGGUGAGGGGGUUGGGUGGGUGGGCGGGUCCGUUUGACAGCAUUGAGGACGAGGCCGUGGUGGCGCAUGGCUUGAGCGCCUUCGGCAUGCGCACGCCGCCACCUGCAUUGCCAUCGUCACGUGCGGCAGUGCGGCAGUGUCGGCAGGGGGGUGAUUUCAGGGCAGCGGUGGAGGGGCGGUCGGUGGUGGUGGUGCUGCACGAGGCGUCGCUCACGGGUGCACCGCUGGCCGGCAUGGAGCUCGCCGAGGAGGUCGCGCUCUGCACCCCCCCUGCCCCCGCCCCCCGCCCCCGCAAGGCCGGCACGCUCGUGCCACAGCGGCGGCGCCUGCUGGCUAGUGAGGGUGAGGGGGGCAGGGAACGGGCAGCACGGGAGGGCUGCAAUGCCACCUGCUCGGAUGCACACUUGACCUUGCGACGGCUGCUGGGGGGGGUUGUGGUGGAGGGGGCGCAGCGAGCACGAGGGAGGGAUAGGAGGGGCUUGCGAGGAGGAGGAGCACACAAGGGGCAGCGCGCACAGCAGAGGCAGCAGCGCAUGGAGCAGCAGAAGCUGCGGCGACGGCAGCGGCGGCAGCAGUUGCAGCAGCGGCAGAUGGCUGCAGCGGAGCAGGCAGGCAUGGUGGUGGGUGGGGCGGGCGUGCACGUGCUGCUGCUCAACCGCAAAGGCGGGCUGCUGCCGGAGCUGCAGAGGCGCGGGCUCAGCGUGCUGAAGAGCAAGGGCAGUGACAGCUGGCGCGCCGCCAUGGCGGCUCACGUGGUCAUUGCUAGCUCCGCCACUGCGGCCUCAUGGAUCGGCGCAUACCUGGCAACUUGCAGCAUUGGCAGUAGUGGCAACAGCAGCAGUGGUGAUGGUAGUGGGGCGGAGGGCACAGCAGCAGGCAUGGACGGCACCACUGCCACUGACGCAUCUCUGCCCAUGGCGGGCGAGGCAGGCGGGGUGAACGCAUGUGGGCAGCGCCUGGUGUGGUGGCUCAUGGAGAACCGGCGCGAGUACUUCGACCAGGCCAAGCCCCUGCUGCCACGUGUCAGCACUCUUAUCUUCAUCUCCCACUCGCAGGCAGCCACGUGGCGUGCAUGGGCAGCAGCAGAGGGCCUGCAGCUGCCUGGCAAGCAGCACGUGAUUCCGCUGUCCAUCAACGCGGAACUCGCUGUCAUUGCGGGCCUUGCCCCGCUGCUCCCCCCUUCGCCCCUCCCUCUGCCCACUCCCACAACGUCAGCAGCGGCUGCAGCAGCAGGGCAGGGCGUGGGAGAGGGUAGAGGGGAAGGGGAGGGGAACGGGGCAGCGGAUCUGGCGGCGGCGUCAGCAGCAGCGAGGGCGGAGAUGCGGCGCCGGGUGCGGGCACGCAUUGGGGCGCGGCGCGGCGACAUGGUGGUGCUGUGCCUGAGCUCCGUGAACCCGGGCAAGGGGCAGCUGGGGCUGCUGCAGGCCGCGCUGCAGGUGUGGGCGUCCAGGGGCGAGCUGGGCAUGGCGGGGGGCGGGCUCGCAGCACAGGGCAGGGCGGGCGAGGUGGGUGUGGAGGAGGAUGGGCAGGCGGGGGAGGGCGGUGGGCGUGGAGAGGCGGUGCAAGUGGUGAAUGUGCAGCCACGCCGUGCACUGGCGCUCCCACACGCCCUCCCACCACCGCAGCUGCGCUGGCGCAGGCGGCGGCUGAUAGUGGUGGUGGGGGCGAUGAACGGCAAGAGCAACAAGGGCGAGUACAUAGUGCGCAUGGCGGAGGCCGUGCGCGAGAGGAUGGGCGACGCCCAUGUGGCUGCUCAGGUGAAGGCGGGCGGCAUCGUGUGGGUGAAUGCCACUCUCAAGGUGGCGCCCCUCUACGCUGCGGCUGAUGCCUACGUCAUGAACGCACAGGGCAUUGGGGAGACGUUUGGGCGUGUCACUGUGGAAGCCAUGGCGUUCCAACUGCCGGUCCUUGGCACGGCAGUGGGGGGCACAGCAGAGAUAGUGAGGCACAACGUCACAGGCCUGCUGCACCCCGUGCGCUUCAAGGGAGUGCCGCUCUUAGCACGCCACCUCGCCCUUCUCUUGCGCCGCCCAAGCCUGCGUCGCCAGAUGGGAAUGAGGGGGCGGGAGGAGGUGCGGCAGCGCUUCCUUUCACACCUCAUGUUUGCCCACAUGGGGAAGGUCAUUGGGGACGCCUUGCGAGCAGCCGAUUCAAGUCAGCACAUCGGAAAGACACAGUCAGGGGCACUGUGA